AUGCCUAAUACACCAAAAUCCAACAAUUUUGUUUGGACACUCUUUCAGGGCAAUAUUGGCCAUUCAUAUAAAGCAACCAAAGAGUUGCCAAAUCUCUUCUCCAACAACAUCCCGGACAUAUACUGUAUUCAAGAGCCCUAUAUCUACGCAGGAUCCACUUUUCUCCCCACAAAAUGGCGUACUAUCUUCCACCCUGAAGGUAGGGUGUUAAUUUCCAUCCGAAACCCUAACAUAGCAGCAGUCAUUAAACAUAUAAACAAACACUUUGUCUGUAUUGAGGUAAGCAAAGGUCUCGAAACCUUCUCAAUCAUCUCAUUUUAUUUUCCACCAUCUUCAAAUAAAAACAACUUGUUCCGAGAACUUAACGAGCUAAUUGACGCAAUCCGACCAAAGCAGUUGUUCCUUGUCGGGGACGGCAACAUUCAGUCUGAGCUGUGGGGACCAGACAGGGACGAUAUCAAGCGCAAACGGGACUUUGGCGGGCCAAUGAUUGAUUUCAUCCUGUACCAGAACCUCCUUGUGUGGAAUGACUCCACUGCAGGUCCAACCUUUCAAACCAAUAACGGUCGUAGCUGGAUCGACGUCACACUCUCUACAUUUUCCUUCUAUGAUCGCAAAGAUUCAUGGCAACUUGAGAGAUCUACGCUUAGUGAUCAUUCGUACAUUCUUUUUUCCCUUGCUGGUCAAGUUCAUUCUCCUCCCAAACAACUCCACAUCAGCAAGCGUAAACUGAAACAACUCGCAAUGACAAUUGUAAAACAUUAUAAAACUCACUUGGACACAGUCCAAAAAUUUAAAUCAAAAGACGAAGUGGAUAAUUUCAUUACUCAUCUCACAUCCCUUAUACACAGUACUUGCUUUUCCUCCCUAACAAACUCAAAACCACACGUAGUCCCCUGGUGGGAUUCAACGCUUGAGACACAAAGAAAAUUAACCAGAGCACUUCGCUCGAGGUACCAAAGAUGCAAAAACCCUGAGGAAAGAGCCAAAAGGCGUCAAACCUUUAAAAAGGAGGAAGCGAAAUAUAAGUGGUUAAUCGGUACCAAAAGCAGACAAGCCCUGGAGAAUCUCUGUGUCGAAACUACUAAAUUUAACCCUUUUGACCUCCCUUACAAAAUCGCUAGAGGAAAAAUCAGACCACAAAUAGUUUUUCAAACAGUAAAAAAUCAUUCGGGCCAAUUGACCUCCGGUCUGCAAGACACCAUUCAGGAAAUUAUCAGUACAUUAUUUCCAAGGGAUUAA